AUGUCAACAGAUAAGGUAUUUCAUCAAUUAGAACGCUUGGUUGGCUCAGCAAAGUCCAAAGAAGAUUAUUUAAGAUUUUUUUCCAGACCCAGAGUUUUUUCUGCACAAUUAAUACCCAAUCCAGAUAGACAUUUUGAAGGCUCCCAAACAGUAGGACCCGCGCGAUCAUCGGAUAACAAAUCAGUUCGUUCCACAGUACAAUGUCGAAGUACAUCGACCGAAAGUAGUGGAAGAAAAAAUAUGAAUUAUGAUCCCGCAUUCUCCGAAUCAUUAUGGCAAUACUAUCGUUUCCUUUUAUAUAAAAUGAGUCAUCCUACAACAGGCUUACAAAAAUGUCAUGUAUCUGAACCAUUGAGUCGUCCUCUCCGAAAAAGUGGUAUCUAUUGUAAUCCGUCACUAACACACGGACAAAAAUUGUCUUUAAUCGAAAAAUGUCAUGUUUACGAUAUGACAGGAACAAAAUUAGCUCAUAAAAAUUCUUAUCUUCAAGUUUUAUCAUCGAGAUUUCAAGCAGGAUUAAAUGAUCCACGGGAUUUUACAAAAUAUAAUUUGUAUAUUCGUGCUGGCCGACCGACAGUUCGAACGCUGAAUACAGGAUAUUUAACAAACAUUAAAAACCGACCACAACGUACACAUAGAACUACAAACAGUGCUCUUGAAUAUUUGGGUAUUAAAACAAAUGAGAGAAAAUUUGGAUCUUCUCAACCGAGAAACGACAAUCUAUUGAUGAAAAAAUCCAAACGAAUAUCAGCUGAAUAUAUGGCAACUGAAAAACAGAAUCCUAAAUAUAUGCGUGUAACAUCUAGUCGAUCGAUUAGUGUUCUACCAUCAUCGUUAUCAGACCAUCAACAAACAUCCACGACAGUGUCGACAAAAAACGAUCGAACAAAUUUAACAUUACGAGAGCGACGCCAUGAACAUGAAAAAAACUCUUUACCAGUCUCCAAUGGUAAAAAUAAGAUUCAAAUUGAUAAUAAUGACAAACAAUCAACGACUUCUUCAUCAUCGGUGAACGGUCGAGAACAACAAUAUGACUAUUUAUUAAAUAGACGAACGCCAUAUAAUUCACAGAAAACGGAAUCACAUGACAAAGAUGAUUAA